UCCUCUAAACCACCCCAAUGUCUUCCCUCAAGACCACCAAAAAACACCAUAAACACUUCAACAAUCCCUUCCCUUCUCCUCCACCAUCUCUCCCUUUCAUUCAAGGAAAUCUCUUGAUCAACUCCAAAAUCCUAUCUUCCCACCAAAUCUUCUCCAUUGGGAAGGAUUUCCAGCUUCUUUGGAGCACAAAAAAUGGUGGCGUGUUCUCCAUUUAUCACCAGUCUCAGCCUGCAAGAUCACUGUGGUGCACCAUUCCUGGCCAAGCUUUUGUCUCUGCAGCAGUUGCUGAAACAGAGGUGGAGGAAAGCAGGGGAUCAUUUGCUGUAAAAGAUGGAGAUGUUCACUUUGUUUGUGAUCAUCAGACUGUUGAAGAUGUAAGGGUGAUACAUGAGUCUGAUGAUUUUCUUGAUGCUGAAGGUCAUGAUUUUCUAUCUGGGUAUUUGGGAUUAGACCUGAGGAAGGAGUUGGAAGGUGCAGAAUUCCCUGUUCUGCUCAUAACAGGAAGCAUUUUCAGCAAGAGGAAGAUGAAGAAAAGGGUUCAUAAUUCAGGUAUAUAUAAGGAUAUAACGUUUGAGACAAAUGUACCUUCUGUUUCUGCAAGGUAUUGGGUCCUGUUUGAUCAAAAGAACAGCAACCAAAUCGGUUUCCAAGUGCAGAUUGGACAACCUGAAUUCAAGCUGCCCCAGAGAGGCUCCCCAGUUGGAAGAUACAGGCGUUUGAGGGGCAAACUGAGGCGGUUUCGGAAAAAGAAGGCGGGCUUGUGUUGGUUUUUUACAAGGCCAAGAGGAUUUGUGGCGGUUACCUCAUCAGAGGAGGAACUAGGGGAAUUGAACGUUACAAGUUCCACUUCCACAGAGUUCAACAAGGUUUGCUUAACCUAUGCAAGUGAAGGAAAUGAGAGAUUUUUCGGGUUCGGAGAGCAGUUCUCUCAUAUGGAUUUUAAAGGGAAAAGGGUGCCUAUUUUUGUUCAAGAACAAGGGAUUGGAAGGGGAGAUCAACCUGUUACUUUUGCAGCUAACUUGGUUAGCUACAGGGCUGGAGGUGAUUGGAGCACAACUUAUGCUCCUUCACCAUUCUACAUGACUUCCAAGAUGAGGUCUCUCUACUUGGAAGGAUACAACUAUUCUGUAUUUGAUCUGACAAAACAAGAUAGAGUCCAAGUACAGAUACAUGGAAAUGCAGUUCAGGGAAGAAUAUUGCAUGGGAACACACCUACUGAGAUCAUUGAGCACUUCACAGAAACUAUUGGGAGGCCGCCUGUGCUUCCUGAAUGGUUAAUAUCCGGAGCGGUGGUUGGAAUGCAGGGUGGCACGGAAGCUGUACGCCGCAUUUGGGAUGAAUUGACGAAUUAUAAGGUUCCCAUUUCAGCAUUUUGGUUGCAGGACUGGGUGGGGCAAAGGGAAACGUUGAUAGGGUCGCAACUAUGGUGGAACUGGGAAGUGGACUCAACAAGGUACCAAGGAUGGCAGCAGCUAGUUAAAGAUCUGAGUGCUCACUCUAUUAAAGUGAUGACAUACUGCAACCCUUGUCUGGCUCCGACUGAUGAGAAGCCAAACAGAAUGAGAAAUCUAUUUGAGGAAGCUAGAAAGCUCGACAUCCUAGUGAAAGACAAGAAUGGAGAAGCAUACAUGAUUCCAAACACAGCGUUUGAUGUGGGGAUGUUGGACCUGACUCACCCUCUUACUGCAAGCUGGUUCAAACAGAUUUUACAAGAAAUGGUCGAUGAUGGAGUCAGAGGAUGGAUGGCUGAUUUUGGUGAAGGCCUGCCAGUGGAUGCCACACUCUACUCAGGUGAAGAUCCUAUUUCGGCACACAACAGAUAUGCAGAGCUAUGGGCUCAAAUAAACCGAGAAUUUGUGGAAGAAUGGAAAAGUAACCGUGUGGGAAAGGAGAAAGAAGAUCCAGAUGAGGCCUUGGUCUUCUUUAUGAGGGCUGGUUUUAGGGAUAGUCCUAAAUGGGGGAUGCUAUUUUGGGAAGGAGACCAGAUGGUAAGUUGGCAAGCUAAUGAUGGGAUAAAGAGUGCCGUUGUUGGCCUACUGAGCAGUGGCCUUUCUGGAUAUGCAUUUAACCACAGUGAUAUUGGAGGCUACUGCUCCAUAAACUUACCUAUAAUCAAGUAUCGACGAAGUGAAGAGUUGCUUAUGCGUUGGAUGGAGCUAAAUGCAUUCACCAUUGUCUUCCGGACCCAUGAGGGUAAUAAACCAUCUAGCAACAGCCAGUUUUACUCAAAUGAGAGAACACUAACACAUUUUGCGCGCUUUGCCAAAGUCUACAAAGCUUGGAAGUUCUACAGAAUUCAGCUUGUAAAGGAAGCUGCUCAGAAAGGCUUACCUAUAUGCCGGCACUUGUUUCUUCACUACCCUAAAGAUGAUAAGGUGCAUAGUUUCAGUUACCAGCAGUUCUUGGUGGGUACUGAGAUCCUUGUGGUGCCUGUGCUUGACAAGGGCAGGAAGAAUGUGAAAGCCUAUUUCCCAGCAGGAGAAUCAUGUUCUUGGCAGCAUAUCUGGACGGGAAAGCUGUACAAAAAACAGGGUUCUGAAGUGUGGGUGGAUGCUCCACUCGGCUAUCCUGCUGUCUUUGUUAAGGCUGGCUCCACUGUUGGAGAGACUUUCAUGGAAAACCUUAGAAAUCUCAAUAUUCUUUGAUAAAUGGGUGCCCUAAGGGGAUCCAAAAUUCAACAUUCAUGUGUCUAUUGGUUGAUCCAAGAUUCUUGUAUCUUCAUUCAUAUUAGAAGAUGAUGCUUUCUCUACCGAAUCCAAAGGGAUUUGGAUACUUGUGUUGUAUAUUCCCUAUUCUACCUGUAGGUCUCUGUUUUCUUCACUUGUUUUUCAACCCAAUUUCACUUUUUCUUUUGCAUUCUGGAUCCGGUAUCUGCAAAUGUUUAAAAAUCUAGAAUCAAAGAUUCUAAAGUUG